CACUGUCAUGAUGUCACAAUAAUUUGUCAAUGUUGUCAAACAAAAUUUUGUUUGUUGUGCGUUGUGGUGCUUUUAUUUUUUCCAUUUACGAAAUAAAUUAACUGCAACGAUUAGAAAUGGUUAAAUAAUUGAAUUGCACUUUUAAGAUAAGUGUUAUAAGCAGAAGGUAUACGAAUUCAGCUUGAGACUGGCGUUUUUGUUAUCUAACCUAUAAAAUGAGUUCUAUACAAGAAAGGUUGCAGCUGAAAAGGGUGCCAUUAGACACUUGGAACAUAAGGGAACAGCUAUGCCUUGCGUCUGCGGUGUUAAGAAGCGGCGAUCAGAACUGGAUGUCGGUUUCCCGCGCCCUGAAAACCGUCGGCGAACCGAAUAGACCGCCUGACUGGUACUCGCAGAAAAGCUGUGCAGCCCAGUAUGGAGCAAUGUUGGAACACGUGGAGACUCCGAAGCGAAAGAAACGUAACUCCGAAGGCGGUGUGGACACGCCGCAAGAGAGCAUACUGCGGCGCCUCACGCAGGAGCGAAUGGUGGAGAUUCAGAAGACGGUCGCCGAGAUGAACCAGCAGCACGAACAGAUUAUGAACAAAAUGAACGAAGCACGCAACCCUGCCACCUCUGAAGAAAGACUCCGCGAGCUUUGGGCCAACAUCGAGGCGUCCAAACGUGCGAGGGAGAGAGAAAACGCGCGCCGCGCCGCGUGGCUGAAAGAGAGGGAAGAGCGGCGCGCCAGGGCUGACAGGACGUGGCGGCCGGCUCAGCCCACCACUCCUACGUCACCAGCCACUCCAGCACCGGCGUCGUCACCGUUGCUGACGUCAUUGCUGAAGUCAUCGCCGGUGGUGACCACCCCCCAACACAUAUCGCAUCCCAAUAAAGUCAUCGAUACUGUAUCACCGUCAGCCACCGCCCCGACUUUAUCAAUGCUUCUAGAAAACUCCGUGCCACCAGUGGAACAGCAACCGAAGCACACGGAAGACAAUAAACACGCUGCUCAGGACAGCAAGCAUGCAGCCAUUGAGCAUAUUAAGAGUCAACUACAGCAGAUUGAACAGCAGUUGAGUGCGUCAAGCAGCGCGUCUCCCGUCCCGCUUGCACCCGCGGUCGACAUCGACGACAUAGAGAUUAAGGCGGAGGACGUGUACGCCUUCCGGGAUGUUGACAUACACAUACCGCCCGUCGCACACAUGCAUAAGGCUAACGCACGGAUCAUAGAAAAACCUACAUUCAAGAAGGAUGAAGCGGAAAUAGUGGCGCCACCUAUAGAGGAUGCGGACGUCAACAUAGAUGUGAUUAAGGUAAAAAAUGCCGUGUACACUUUACAAUAA